UAAAACGUUUAAAUCAUACCUUAUUGUUAAAUCCGUACUUUAUGAGUGAGAUUAUGCAAAAAUCUGGAAGAAACAACAAAUGUGAAAAAGUGACGACAAAGGGAAAAAUAUUGUACAUCACAUUUCACUAUAUGUCACCAUGGAUAAGAAAUCUCUAUUUCCAUUCCAUGUGAUAAAAAUAUUUGCCUCAAUGUUGGAUGGACAACGGUCGAAAAUAAUGUUACCUUUAUUUACUGUCCAGAUCUAACAUGGGUUAAUAUUUUGCCAAAGUCGGAUAAAGAGGGUUUCUCUCCCAAAAAAUUCACAAAAAUUAUUAUUUUGAUAUUUAACAAUGGUAUCCAAGCUCGGUUUCUUUUUUUACCCAAAACAACUAUGUACAACCAAAGACAACAUUGUCUGAACGACUGCUCCUCGACCCCCCACAAAAAUUAACGGAGGACCAUAAAUAUUUAUGUUUUAUUAAGUAAACGAAAAAUACCACAGUCGCCCUAAUAAUUCUUACACAAUGUUAAGCAAACAAUGGACAAGUUCUAAUGAAUGCGACAAAUUGUUGGAUGACAUGCAACAAGUUGUCGAACAACAACUAUAUGAAUGAAUUCAACCACCACCUUGUAACACAGUUAGCGGAGAGAUUUUGAAUAUGAAAAAUCAUCAAAUCGGAUUAAUCAUCGGUCUUUUUUCGACAUGGUUAAGAAUCGGUGCAACUUCUCUUUGGAAAAUAGAAAAUAAUGACAAUUUUGACAGCGGUCUACAAGAGGAAGAAAAACUAAAAUUUGCCUUGAAAAUCUGCGAUGUGGUGCAGCAACGUGAUGCCAAAAUUAAUAUUCUCUAUCGGAAUCCUACCCGAGAGCACAUGGAAACUAUUUACAGGCGCAUCAAUGUGGAUGCCUUGCAUCAAUGCAUGACGGAAUUCCCCUUGACAAUAAGAAAUUUACAUUCAUAUGCCAUGGAACCGGAACGACUGAUGGGAAGUUUGAACAUCUAUUUCAUAGCCACGAGAACUAUAGCCAGACAGGUUGCCAAUUUUCUCAAUGCCCAUCAACGUUGGAAACCAGGACACCGCUAUCUCUUUGUGUGGCUAUUGGAGGAGGAUAAAUCUGAUGAAGUUCUCCAUGAAUUUUUCCAACAAAUUUGGCAAAAGAAUAUUUUGCACGCUGUGGCCAUUUUGGAUUCCCAGAGGGUUUACACCUUCGAACCUUUUUCCCCGGAGGGAUUUCGCAUCAAACUUUUGGACGAAAAUCAAAAUUAUUUCUAUGACAAAUUGAAAAAUUUUCAUCAUUUUGAAAUACGCAUUACCAUGUUCAUUGAUCCGGUGCGGGCCAUACCCCUGCCCAACUAUGCCACGGAAGGAUAUAAACGCAUAGAUGGCAGGGUGGCCAAUGCCAUGGUAAAAUACCUGAAUGCCACCGCCCGUUAUAUCACCCCAGCGGACAAUGAGACCUAUGGUUCCCUGAUCAAUGGCACUUUUACGGGUGCCUUGAAAGAUGUCCACUCUGGUCUAACUCACAUUGGUUUCAAUCUACGCUACACCCUGGACCAUGUCAAACAACACAUUGAGGAGCUGUAUCCCUAUCAGCGACGUUUUCUCUAUCUGGUGGUACCCGCCGCCCAAAUGAGACCGGAAUAUUUGAUUUUCGUAAAGGCCUUUAGCUACUCCCUGUGGCGUUUGCUACUCUUGCAUUUCGCCUUGGUUUUGUUGCUCUUCAAGUUGCUGCAACAUCUGGUGGGCCGGCUACCGGCCCAACACAUCGGUAGCUGUGUCACACAAAAAUGGCAUUGGUAUGAGUUGCUGGAAAUGUUUUGGAAAACACAACUUGGUGAACCAGUGGAGGGGUUUUCGCGCAUUAGUUCAUUGCGUCAAUUCCUCAUUGCCUGGAUUCUCUUCAGCUAUGUCCUGACCAGCAUGUAUUUUGCCAAAGUUGAGAGUAACUUUGUCCAGCCUGCCUAUGAACCUGAAAUCGAUAGCCUUGAACAACUGCCACAACUCAAUUUGCCCAUCUAUGCCUUUGACAUUGUCUUCGAGGCGGUGAAGGUGUCUCUGAAUCCGAAAUAUUACGAAUGGAUCAAUGCCCAUGGGGUGCGUGUGCCACCCAAUAUACGCGUCGAACAAUUUGCCUUUGCGGUGACGCAAAAAAAUGCCGAGGUGGCCCUGAUGCUGCACGACGAAAUGGCCAAGGAGCUGUUGGCCCAUAGCUACAAUGAUGUGACGAAACGGCCCUCAUAUCACAUUGUCAAAGAGUAUCUGCGUUCGUUGACCUCGUCGUACAUUCUGACCAAAGGUUCGCCGUUCAUUCAUAAAUUCCAGAGUGUAAUAAGCGCUUUUCAUGAAUUCGGUCUGAUGCGUCACUGGUUGCAGCUGGAGUCACAACCGAACACCUAUACCCACAAUUCGGAAGAAUUCUUCGAAGAUUUGGAUGAUGAUUUCGAUUUGUAUUACGACGAAGAUGGUGCUGGGAAUGUGGGUGGUGGUGGUGGUGGUGGAACGACAACCACCUCUGCCUCGUUGCAAAGUCAUAAGAAGGUUGUGCUGAAUUUGGAUAUUCUACAAGGUGCCUUCUAUUUGUGGCUGGUGGGGAUAUUCAUUAGUUGCAUGGGCUUUGCUGCCGAAUGGCUGACAUAUUGGUGGAGUUUGCGUAGGGAAGAGAAUAAAUAUCAAGUGGAUUUUUAUGAGAACCAGUAAUGCCCAGCGAAGACUUUGAAACAUAAUGAACUCAGGUCACAACUACGGGGCUGCCACAAAUAUUAUAAAUUAAUAAUAUUAAACUA